CAUUCGCUUCUCAUACAUCAGUGUUCAACUGCCACUCCCGACAAGCGGACGUAUCUUCCACAUAUCUAUCGUAUUCGGUGUACAGUCGAGGAAAACACAGAAAUCUUCAACCAACGCAAAGAUGCAACUGUUCAAUAACAUCAACGAAGAUGUCUACCGGGCGUACGUCUUCUGGUCCUCGGUCCUGGUCGUCAAGAUGCUGGUCAUGUCGAUCCUGACUGGAAUGCAGCGGUUCCGGAAGAAGGCUUUCGUUAACCCGGAAGACAUCGCUACACAGCCAAAGCUGAAGAUCAAGACUGAUGAUCCCGAUGUUGAACGUGUGCGUCGCGCUCACCUGAACGAUUUGGAAAACAUCCUUCCCUUCUUCGUGAUCGGUUUCUUCUACAUCCUAAGCAAUCCGAAUCCGUUCAUUGCGGUUAAUCUGUUCCGUGCCGUUGCCGUGUCCCGCAUUGCUCACACGUUGGUCUACGCCGUGGUGGUCAUCCCGCAGCCGGCCCGGGCCAUCGCUUGGCUCAUUCCGUACGCAUCCAGCUUCUACAUGGCCUUCAAUACGAUUCUUCACUUUCUGUAAAGA